AUGCUCCGUGGGCAGCAGGCACAUAAUACCAACAACACUAACGUCCAACUUCCGGGAGGAAGCUUCCAGAAGUUCCAAGCCUCGGGGGAGAAUGACAACAAUCUUCCGCACUACCUCAAGAAGGCCGGUUACAGGACCGAGUUUAUCGGCAAGAUCAUGAACGGAUAUGCGAUUUACAACUAUGAGACACCACCGGCCGGAUGGGACCGGUUUGACGGUAUGCUCGACCCAUGGAUGUACACUUAUAAUACCCCGGUCUUCUCCAUCGAUGGGGCCACGCCACGCUACUACGACGGUUCCUACCUCCAGGACGUCGUGCGAGCAAAGGCCGUGGAUAGAGUGGAGAAGCUUACAUCCAACGCGACCGGCGAGCCCUGGUUUCUUGUCGUCGCGCCUACGGCGCCGCACCAGACCUUCAACGACAGCGGGAAGUGGCCGCCGGUGCCGGCUGCUCGCCAUGCAAACCUCUUCCAGAACGUUUCUGCCCCGCGCACGCCCAACUUCAACCCGGCUACCAACGACAAGCCGUCGUGGGUGGGCAAGCUCCCGUUGAUGAACAGCAGCGUCAUCGAGCGCGUCGACGAGGUAGCCCGCGCCCGCGCUCAAACCCUGCAGUCUGUGGAUGAGAUGGUUGCUCACCUCAUUGAUGUGCUUGAGGAGAAGGGGGAGCUUGAUAACACCGUCAUCGUUUACAGUGCUGACCACGGCUACCACCUGGGCCAGCACCGCGUGCCGUGUGGGAAGACUCUCCCCUACAAGGAGGACACACACGUGCCCUUCUUUAUGCGUGGCCCUGGCGUCCCCGCUGGGUUGUCCACCGAUAUCCCGUCCAACCACAUCGACAUUGCCCCAACACUGCUCGAUUUCGCCGGCGUUGACGAGUCGGAGUGGCCAAGCUGGCUGGACGGCCGCAGUCUACUUCCGUAUUUCACAGCUGGCGUCUCGGGCGACACUUCUUCUAGCACGGAUGUGUCCACCGUCGAGACCGUCAAUGUCGAGUACUGGGGCAACGGUAUCAUCGAGAUAUCAAAUAUGGGCUACUCGGAAUCCGUGACCAACAACUCCUACAAGACAGCCCGCAUCAUCUCCAAGGACUACAGCUACAUGUACGCAGUCUGGUGCACCGGCGAGAGCGAGCUGUACGACACGGUGGCAGACCCAUACGAGCUGAACCCCAUCAAGGCCGACAGCUCCGCCGAGGCAGCUCGGCUGACGUCGCGGCUCAACGGCCUGAUGCUUCUGCUCAAGACCUGCAUCGGCGACUCUUGCCGGGCCCCGUGGUCGGUCCUCCACCCAGACGGGUCUGUCCGGUCCCUCUCUGAGGCCCUCGACCCCCGCUACGACCUCUACUACUCCUCACUGCCGAGUGUCCGCUUCGAGAUCUGCGCCGCGCAAUACAACCUGGCCAACGAGGCGCCGUUCUUCAGCUCCAACUACUCCACAUCCCUCGGUGAACUGACGACCCCUCACCAGGACCCGGAGGACUACGGUGUCGGCUCCACGCCGCACCCGGGAGAUACCAUCGGUUGGAACGGGACAUUGUUUGGUGCCGUGUAUGAGCCAUUGGAGGUCAUGGAGGCGAGGGCGAGGGAUCUAACGGCGGAUGAGCUUGAUUGGCAGAAGGCGAAGACCAGGUUUAGGUAUAUGUCGUAA